AUGUGUUUUGAUCGAACAACUGUGGUAAAAAAAUUGCCGGACCACAGUCUGGAGCCUUUCCGGGUGGGGCAGGGGCGGGGUGUGCCGGCCCUAGUGGCGGGUCGUCGCUUCCACUGCACCAUGUGCGGCAAGUGCUGCACCGGGGAGGGGGAGAUCUGGAUGUCGCCGGAGGAGGCCCUCCGCAUCGCCCGCCACCUCAACAUGUCGCUACAGCGCUUCCUGGAUACACACACCAAGCAGUACUCCAAAUAUAAGGGCUGGAGGAUGUUGAAGACGGCGGAGGGCUCGUCGGCCUGCAUCUUUUUGGGCUCUGACAACAAGUGCUCCGUACACUCCGUACGACCCAGCCAGUGCUCCACAUACCCGUGGUGGCCGGAGCUAACCCAUGACAGCGAGUGGGAGUGGGAGAAGGCCAACGUGUGCGAGGGGUUCGACCACCCGGAAGCCGGGGCCCUGGACGAGGAGGAGGCGGCGAGGCAGCUGCGGGAGGCCAACAAGAUGACGCAGCAGCGGCUGCUGGCCUCGGAGGUGCGGAUGUCGCCCAAGGUGGCGGAGUGGGCGGAGGAUGUCCUGCUGUGGGACGAGGAGCUCGGAUACCCUGAUGGCCGGCUGCCGCCACCACCACCAGCACCACCACCACCACCACCAGCAGGGGGGGCCCGUGGUGGGGUUGUAGUGGACUGUGCCGCAUGA